AUGGAAGCAUUCAAAUCACCCACUCGCCCAACCUCUCAAACAACUGCAUCAUUGUCAAAUUACGUAGAUUAUACCCCAAGACGCAUACAGGCAUCAUCUAUCAAUCACAACGCAAUAAAAGAUGUGCCAAGCAAUAUCAAUUAUGCCAAACAGAGACGAUCCAAUUUUUACUAUCAAAUUGCAUUAGAGGCGGAUGAGGGCUUUGAUGAGAAGUCAGACUACAUGGACUCGCCGGCCGUGAGACGAAUCUUUUCUAUCAACGAGCAAGUGGUCAACGUGGAAGAGGAUCCAGCUUUUUAUGCAUCAAAUCAAUCAAGACCGCCACUACCGUCAUUUACACAACGAUCCAAUUGGACUAUCAAUGAUUUUGUAGUGGGACGUAAUCUAGGCAUGGGAAGGUUCGGUUCAGUGUAUCUUGCCAAAGAAAAACGAUCUGGACAGUUGGUAGCACUCAAAAUCCUUAGGAAACAGGAGCUAGAAGAAGCUGAAGUGAUUCCCUUCUUGAAGCGAGAGAUCGAAAUCCAAGGACAUCUCAAGCUUGGCGUGUUCCAUCGUGACAUCAAGUUGGAAAACAAUGAGCCCAAUAGACGCACUACAUUUUGUGGUACAUUGGACUACCUACCACCAGAGAUGAUCAAGAGAGACACGCACAACGAAUCUGUGGAUGCCUGGGCUUUGGGUAUCCUCUGCUAUGAAUUGUUGGUAGGUAGACCACCCUUUGAAACAGACAAGGUUGCCUCUCGAGAUCUAGAAAAAGCCUACAGACGAAUCGCCGAAGCUCCAUUGGAAUUCCCCAUUGAUAUCAGUGUGCAUGCUCAAAACUUUAUCUCCAAACUGCUUCAAAAGGAUCCGUCAUUGCGUAUGAAGAUGUCGGAUAUAGAAUCAGACCCUUGGGUGAAAUCGUUUCAUAUGAUGGAUGUUUAA